UUACAUCCUGACACACCUGACCCCAUUGCGGCGCCUCUGGACGACAUGGCGGUGGUGAGGAUGGGGCCCAAGGAGCACGGUCGGGAGGCGGUUCUCGAUGCUGUGAUCACUCCUAGUAUCUCCUACACACAGCUUCGUCGGAUCGACCCGAGUCUGAGCCAGCGCACGAGCCAGCCAGUGACUAGUACACAGUACCUCUUUCAGGAGCAACAAUCUGCCUACAUGGAGUACACACGCCAGGAGACCAUGGCGUGGCAUCAGAGGCUUUAUGAACACCAAGUGCAGAGGGAUAGCCAGAUGCAGCAGGCUUUUCAGGAUAUGGCGACCGGCAGGUGUACUCAGUUCCCUCCAGCACAAUGCCCUCCAGCACAACCAGUGCUGAUGAGCUUUGAGGAGUUUGUGGCACAGAACGCUGGCCCCUCGCCGGGAACAGGUGGAUCUACCGUUGGCGGUGGUCUUCGCAGCACUCCGGAGACACGGAGCCCGACCACUCCGAUCCACGGAGGCGGAGGCGGAGGAGGAGGCGGUCUUGGCGGUAGCGCUGCAGGUAGCAGUGACAACCUGGGCUUCGGCGGUCUUGGCGGUGACGACCUCCGUGGUGCUCGACGUCCUGGCGCUUAA